AUGUCGUCUCGACCAGUUAUCGAGUAUUACUUCUCGUUCAUCUCGCUGUGGUCAUACAUUGGCAGCCGCCGCCUACAGUUGCUAGCUCAGCACCAUGAUGCACAGAUCAUCUACAAGCCUAUCGAUCUCCUGAGGCUUUUCUCUGUUUCCGGUGGACUGCCAGUCAAGCAGCGGCCCAAGCAACGCCAGGCAUACCGCCUGUUAGAGAUGGACCGCUGGACAAGCAUAAGAGGACUACCAAUCGUGAAGCAUCCCAAGCAUUACCCGGCGGACCCAUCAUUAGCGCACCGGGUCUUUCUAGCUGCUAUCGAAGAGCUUGGGUACGAUAAUGAAUCGGUGCAGGAGCUAGCCCGCAGGGGCUUGGAUACAGUAUGGGCGGACGAGGGGGAUAUUGCAGAUACAGAUACGAUCGUCAAGAUUGCUAACGAGUCCGGGCUGGACGGACUCCGUCUUCUAGAGCGUGCAAAGGUUGAGCCAGGCUUGGCAGAAAAGGAAGAAGCCUUGGCUCAGGAGGCUAUAGAUAGGGAGCUAUUCGGCGCACCUACGUACUUUUACCGGGACGAGCCCUUCUGGGGCCAGGAUCGCCUCGAGAUGCUGGAUGGUGUCAUCCUUAGCGGGAGACCACCCUUCAAACUACCCGGACCUGAGGCACUGUAA